AUGGAGGAUAAGAUAACAUCAGACAAGGAAGUAGCAAUCCCUAAUCCAGAUCCUCUGACGUCGAUCUCAAGAGGAAAUGGCAAACCUUCUGAAAUCAGCUCAGCGUCGCAGUCAUCCCCACUGCAAGACAGAGAAGAUGAAAACGUGACACCCGAUGACAACUCAGUGUCGCAGCCUGUCUUGCAGUGUUCACCUACCAACGGGAAGGAUGCGUCCUGUGAUUUCACGACGUGCUCUUCAGAUCUUCAGGUUCAGGAACAAGAAGACGAUGAUGAAGUACAAAAUGAUAUAGAAUCCAUCUUGAAGCCUGUAUCUCUCUGCUCCGCCGCAACAGAUGAUGAAUUUCCCACCAACUCCCUCAUUUGUUCAUCGCAGAGGCUACAGGCUGAAGUCGUUGAAGAUGACGACAAAGCAUUAUAUCUUGAAGGUUCUAAUUUGAGACCAGGACCGACAUCCCCUUCAGUAAAUGAUGCACCAUCUUCACCAAUAACACCAACCUCUUCUGCAACGUCAUCACAGGAUCAUGACCAAAUGUUGACGAAUGAAAACAGAGACAGUGAUGAUAGGAAACCAUCUACUUCAAUCGAAGUCCCAUUUGUAGCCGUACCCAGUCCAUCUGCACUCUCCGAGAAGAUGGAGGCCUUGGAGAGAAGUGUAGACGAAAUAUGCGAUGAUGAAGGAUCACCAUCAAAACAAGCAUCUGCAUCUUCAACAUCAAGAAGUGGUUUCUCCAUCUUAGGUCAAAGUUUUACAAUCUCACAAGAGAAAUUAGAGUCGGCAAUCGUACAAGAUGGAGACAUGGCAUCUGAGAAUGAAAGGUCCAUCUUGGUGUCGCAGCCUGCCUUGCAGUCUCCACUUACCAAUGGGAAUGAUGCGUCCUGUGAUUUCACGACUCGCCCUUCAUAUCUUCAGGUUCAGGAUCAAGAAGACAAUGAUGAAGUACAAAAUGAUAUAGAAUCCAUCUUGAAGCCUGUAUCUCACUGCUCCUCCGCAACAGAUGGUGAAUCUCCCACCAAUUCCAUCAUUUGUUCAUCGCAGAGGCUACAGGCUGAAGUCGCUGAAGAUGGCAACGGAGCAUUAGAUUCUGAAGGAUCUAAUUCAAGACCAGGACCGAAAUCCCCUUCAAGAAAUGAAACACCAUCUUCACCAAUAACACCAACCUCUUCUGCAACGUCAUCACAGGAUCAUGACCAAAUGUUGAUGGAUAAAAACAGAAUCCGCGAUGGUGAGAAACCAUCUACUUCAAUCGAAGUCCCUUUCUCUGCCGUAACCAGUCCAUCUGCAAUCUCCGAGAAGACGGAGGCCUUGGAGAGAAGUGUAGACGAAACAUGCGAUGAUGAAGGAUCACCAUCAGAACAAGGAUCUGCAUCUCCAACAUCAAGAAGUGGUCUCUCCAUCUUACUCCAAAGUUCUACAAUCUCACAAGACAAGCUAGAAUCGGCAAUCGUACAAGAUGGAGAUAUGGCAUCUGAGAAUGAAAGGUCCAUCUUGGAACCUUGCCCUCCCAAUGAAACCGACGUCACUACCUCCAUCCCCAUGGAAACCUUAUCUGUGAUAUCAUCACCACCUCACAAGGAGGGGAGACAAGGUGGAGACCAAGGUGGUGGUUUGGAAUUGAUCUCAAAGUCUGUGUCUCCAUCUCAUCUCUCUGUCUCCUCCACGUCCAAAUAUUCCUCUUCGUCAAGGAAACUAGGAGCAGGGACGAAUAUUGACAAUGAUGAUGGAAAAAGCUCCUUAGUGUCAUCUAUGAACGAUCAGUCAGAGUCAACAUCAAGUGCAGAAGCAAAUGGAGCGCCAUCUACGGUGGAUGUUGACCCGGAUGACGAAGAGCCAGUGUCAGGCAAAAACAUACAAAAGUAUAAAAGAUUCCCACCUCUGCAUGAACAGCGACUCGCUCUCAAGAUGAACCCGGCAAUUGCUCUGCAAAGCUCAUCUCCAGAUGACUUGGAUCGUUGGGUGGAUGUUGUGCUGAGUUGUGUUGCUCGCAGGGAUAAGAUGCGACAAAUGCAACUUGCUUCCAACUCCAAGACACCUUACACAAGAGAGGAGGCUCUCGAAAUUCAAGCCAACGCCGCGAAAGCAAAAGACAUAAUGCGCCAAUUGAACCAAAUGACCUCCUUAUCGACGGAGGAUGAAGAGUCGAGCGUUGAGAGUUUGAGUUUGCAAUUAGCCUCUCCACUUUGGAGAAACCCGGAGAAAGAACUAAAAUAA